UGAGAACAAUUAGUGUAGUAUAGUGGAUGUUAGUAGGUUAUCGCGAGAGCACCUGGAGGAUAGAUAGGAAUGAUAACGGGAAUGAGACAGACCAGCGAGAACUGUGAAUUGAACUUGUGUUAAUAAAGUGAACAUAAUGUUGAACUAAAGGACUGAUUAUUGAAGACAACACAACAUUUUGGUGACGAGGAGACAGAUGCCAAGAACCCAGAGGCCAGACAGGACGACAAGGAUUCUACUUCCAUGCCCAGAAAGUAAGACGAAAUGUUGAAUACUGAAAGAAACGCGUGUGCUGCUGCUGCUGCUGCACCUGAGCCUAGAUAUGCUCAUUUAGCCCCGCCGGUUCCACUGAACCUCACGACGACUGAUUUAUACACAGAGUAUAAGCUGUGGAGGACUCUAAGUUUUUACGAAGUUGCCAGUGGUACUAUAAAUGUGCCAGAUUUGCUGCAUUGCAUUGGAGCGCUAAUGCAAAGGAUUUUUGCUAACCAGGACGUAAAGAUACAUAUAUAGACUGGGCUCUUACCGCUCUGGACACAUAUUUCACUCCAUGAAGAAAAUGUAGUCAUAGACCUAGAGAGACACAAGUUUAGGCAGAGAGCUCAGUGUUCUGACGAGACGGUGGAUGCUUUUUGUAGUGUUAAUGGAUUUAUCGGACACAGGAUGUGAUGCUGCCCCCUGGGGGUUAGGCUUGGGAGGUUGUAAACCAGGCAGUUCAAUAAAGUCAUGCUUCCUGUGUACACGCUGAGAAUCUCUCUCCCUACUUAUUUCUAAGUUAGAACUACCUAACUCUACAUGGUGUCAGAAGUAAGAUCCGUUACUCAAUUCGGGUGAAUAUGAGAUUUGGUUUUGUCAACUAACUGGAGAGAACUCGCAUACAUUUUAGUCAGUUUUUUCAAGUUUUCAGUUUAGUUAGCUAGCAUAGCUAAAGUGACUCGUGAUUAGCUAACGUUCGCGGCAGCUGAUAAAAACAAAAAUGGAGCGAUUCCAGAUUCCCCCGCCGCCCAAAUUUGAUUUCACAAAGCCAGAAGAGUGGCCCAAAUGGAUUCGGAGGUUUGAGAGAUUUCGGAUUGCAUCGGGUCUAGCGCUACAGUCCGAGGAGAACCAGACUGAGCAGAGAGUGUCUUUAGAAAAUCUCAAAAAACUUCAAAUGGCUUUUGAGGACAUGGAAAUGGCUGGAACAUCAAUGGAUCUUAAACACUUUAAGCGGACUAUGAAGAUGUGUUUAAACCUGGAAAAUAUAAAAGAUUCACAAAUUCAGGAGCUCUUCAUGAAGAUUGACUACUCUGGCCAAGGCAGGAUUCAGUGGGAUGAAGUGUGUACCUAUAUGCAAAUGGAGUCCAUAGAGAAAGAGAAGUGCACACAGUUCUGCAAGCAAGUGGCAUUUACUGUCCCUGCCACCAUUAAGCCCUUAGGCCACGGCGAGCCAAUCCUAAAACUCCACAGCACCCCGGACAGGACAGUGGUCAGCCUGCGGGAGGAUGGCACGGUGUGCUACUGGAGCUCAAAGCUUCAGCUCAAGAAGAGCAAGCAUGUGUUUCAUGAGAGACCAAUGAACAGAAAACCAAAGUGGGCCACUGAUUUCAUCCUGAUGCCACAGUAUAACAAACUGCUCGUUGGAACAGGGGAAAGAGAAAUUCAAUUUUUUGAGAUGUCCUCGCUUGAGCCGUAUUGCCAAAUCAGUUCUCUGGAGACGGUGCCUCUGCAGCUGGACUACUGCUAUACCUGUCCGGAUGAAUGCGCAAUUCUUUAUGGGGAUGCACAGGGAUGCGUAAACAUAAUACUUAUGACAUCAGUUGGAGAGAUGCUUAGGACAUGGAAGAAGUUUCCUAAAGUUGAAAAUGUGCCUAAUAUUGCAAUUGACACUGCAGCCCUUUGUACAAAUGUGUCUUACAUUAGAUGGAAGGUUCACCAGGACUGGGUAACGCAGGUGAAAUAUUUAAAAAAUAUGGAAGCUGUCAUUUCUACAUCCAACCAUGACGCAUCUGCACUGGUCAUUGGUUGUGUGCAGCCCUCCACUAAUGUUGAGCACCAUCUUAGGGAGGUGAAAGAGCCCUGCUGUGAGGGGAAGCCCAGGAGGGCUCAGCCUCGGGCUUUAUGGGACCAAACAAUUUUCACAGUCCCGAAAGGGGUGACAACUUUUGAUCUUUGUAAAAAACAUAACCUCCUACUUACUGGUGGGAUGGAUAGACUUGUGCGUAUUUGGAAUCCAUAUGUUCCAGGAAAACCUACGGCUGUACUCAAAGGACACUAUGCACCCAUUUGCUAUCUCUACAUUGACACAGGGGAAAACCAUUUCUUCUCCGUGUCCAUGGACAACACUGUUAAGAUCUGGCAUGCCAUAGACCAGACAUGCUUGUUCACUGCACACCCUAGAGCCAGCCUGAUCAGUGGGGAUAUAUCUGCAGCCCUAUAUUCCCCAGGGGUGAAUACACUAUACAUUGCUACAGACUCAGUGGCCAUGUUGUCCCUUAGGACAAGACCCAAGCCCCAGCCUCGUGUGGUGGUGUCCCAUAGCGAGCCAGUGUUGUGCUGUGGGUACAGUGAAGAGUUCAGGCAGGUGGUCAGCUGCACUGAAGGAUCUGUCGUUAAGGUGUGGAACUUAGACACAGGAAGCCAGGUGUUUGAAUUUGGAGGAGCUCAUGGCCUCUCUGCCAUCACUUGUAUGACUUUUGACCCUGAAGGAAGACGAUUGGUGACAGGAGGCAGAGAUGGUUGUCUUAAAAUCUGGAACUUCAAUAAUGGUCAUUGCCUUCAGAUACUCAAAAGAGAUGGUGCCUGUGAUGAAAUAUGUGACUGCACCUACCUUAAAGUCCACAGGAACAUGUUUGUGAUGUGUGCUGGCUGGAGUCAAAGGCUUGACAUGUAUGCUGAUACUCCAGAUGGCACACCCUAUAUCCAGAAGCCUCAACCAUACUGGCAGGAUGAUCUGAGCAGAGGUCACAAAGAUGACAUCUUGUGCAUUGCUCAGUGUCCACCAUCUCUGCUAGCCACUGGAAGCUGUGACGGGGAGAUCAUUGUCUGGAGUCUGGCAUCAGGACACAUCCAGAGCCGUUUCCUCUCUCCUGUAACUGGUGCACACACAGACACUGGUUUGGAUAGAAGUGUGAGAUGCCUUGCUUUCUUGAGGACUCGAACCCUGCACGUCGACUAUCCCUCUGCAGCCUGUCUUAUUUCAUCUGGACCCCAUGGCUACGUUUUUUUCUGGAAUGUCUUGAUUGGAGGAAGAGUCUUUGCCAAGUUUGAGGCAUCUAAAUUCAAACUGCAGAUUACAAAAGUGACAGUGACCAAUGAUGACAGCAAGUUGUAUUCUGGAGAUGAAGUGGGCUAUGUUUAUAUAUAUGACAUAAAAACAUAUGCUCUUCAUCCAGAACACAAAAAACCAAAGAUUGAAAACUACUGGCGAGCACAUAUCAAUGGCAUAACAGGAUUAGAGAUUUUGGAUAAUAGUUUAGUACUCACUUCCUCUACUGACUGCACUGUACGGCUAUGGACAGUCUGUGGAGAAUUUAUAGGAACAUUUGGGCAGCCAGAGGCCUGGAGUUUACAUAUUCCAUCAUCCUGGAAACACCCUGCCGUGCCCUAUGACAUUCUGAUAGACCCGUUAAGUAUGCCCAGUCACAGCAGUUUGGACACAGAAACCAGCACUAAAGACAUUAUCCACAAACAGGAUCAAAACAAGUUUGAAUCCCAAAGUAAGCUGAAAUCCCCCCCACCAUUCAUCAGUGAUGCAGACAUUGAGACGGAGGUGAAGAGCCCCCUUUGUCCAGAGCAACUUGGGAAACGGCUUCGUCAUGAAAUUUUCAAAAAUGCUAGCCAGUUUCCUAACCAUGGAGGACCCAAGGCAUAUCAUACACUUAAGUACUUUGAUAUUGCACCGACUUCAGCCAUGUGCGAGCGACCUGAUCUUUCACUCGCUGGAACUGAUCCGUUUAUAUCAAACUCUUUGCUGGAGGAGCCGCAGCAGUCCUAGUGCAUUAUGUUGUCUCAGCCCAGAGAUCACCUUAUCAUUUGGACUGAUUCUCAUAUGUAUGUGUGUGAUAUGAAAAUAAA